AAUUGGUACAAUGUAACAAAGCAAAAACGCCUUAUGACCCACAAUUUUGUAAUAAAAACAUCACCACGAAAAACUAAAAUUAUCCAGUCCACGUGCAAGCCGCGGCUUGCGCGGCUUGCACGUGCGUGCUGAGACCAACGGUUGUGUGCCCGUAGCCCUACCGCCCUACAUCCGGAAGCGACAACAAAAAAGGAUCGGCGCGCGGUUUCCACAACGGCUGCGUGGCUGCUUUGUGGUUCAAAGCGAAAGCAGGGAACUACGUUGCUACGUUGGUUGGACUUUCUCGGCGUUCCCGCAUCACCCUAUCUUUUCCAAGUUCGGCGACGGUUUCCUCAGCUGUGGAGACCUCAGUUAACGAGCGUGGCUGGCGUGGCUUAACGCGGAAGUGGUGCAAUGAGCGCGAUUGAGUGCUUGGUGUCGUACGGCGCACACAAGAUAGUUGUCGUUGUUGACGGAGAGCAUAAGCGCGCCGAUUUAAUUCGGACCCCUGCUGGCAAUGUGCUGUUCCAAGGAGUGGACCUGCAAACAAGCCACAUCCAGGUAUACCAUCCUCGGUAUAAAACAGAUGUGGACCUCAUGGAGGGCACGAUCCUCGAGGAUGCAGCGCUGGUAACCAUUUCUUUGGAUGAGUCACAGUUCAGAAUCAUGGAUGUCGUCAUUCAAGAGGACUCUGCACCAUCGAAAGCUCCGUCGAAAGCUCCAUCGGAAUACAGGUUUCCAAAAGUGCCAUUGGACAUCGCGCAGGCAUUACAAAAACACACGAGGGGGCAGUACCUGCCUUGCCGAUCGAGGAUCAUUCAGUGGCUCUUCCACGACCUGUGCCUCUACGACCUGUACCCGGAUAAGCUCUAUGCCGAGGCCGCAAGGUGCCUUGUGGAAAACUUCCCAACUCUGAAGGACACCACAGGAUCUGGUUUUGACUCCUGGCGCGUUGCCAUGCGAUAUAAAGCAAAACGUGAACGGUCAAAGCUGCGGAUGCAGGACAACACUGAAAAGCAGGCUUCACCGCGGAAUCAGCCGCGGGCAUCGAGGGACCCUAACCCAAAGCGGGUGACGAGGCCUGGGACGAACAUAGUGCUGCCAGCACAUGGAGAGGAUGCCGAAAGCCUGCAGGGCCAUAUCAUCAACAUGGAAAAAGAACUGCGAAAAGCAAAUCCAAAUGUCGCCUAUGUUUCCGACUCCAUGUCGAGGACACUUGCUACACGGCGGGCAUGGAUAACCACUGAUCACCCAAGUGUGGCAGCCAUUGUUGCAAAAUACCCUGCUUUUGAACAUAGCAGUUUUUUGCAGCAAGAGUUUACUGCUGUGACAAGCAAGUCAAUGGAGGUCAGCUUGGCGGCCUGCCUGUCCGAGAGCUGCCUGCGGAUCUUGGAUGCCGCUAGGAAGAAGCGACACCUGUGUAGCUUUUUCGAGGAUCUGGACCGACGGGUCGCACAAGGGGACAAAGGCCCGGAAGAUGAAGUUUUGACAACGGCUGCUCUUUAUGUAUUGCCGUCGUUGGUUAAGGAGAGAAGCUCUGCCUUUCUCUACCCACAUGACCCAGACGCACUUCAAGCGUACCCAGCAGUGAGCUAUGAGGAGAACAUCUAUGAGUCGUCAUCGUUCGUUGUGACCGUGGAUGGACUUCAUGUUAAGGAAGACUCGCUGCUGGCUGCAAUUACAACCAUGACUGCCAUGUAUUGGGUGUUCAAUAUGGAAUUUAGUCCAAGAGCCUCCAAGACAAUGCAGUUAAUGUCACAUGUGUUUGGGGUUAAUUCUGGCAUCCCAGCUAGCCCUUUGGUGCGGGUGGCCAUAGGUAUUCUUUGUGGCUAGGUUAUCCCACCGGCAGCUGUACACCUUGUAAAGGUUUCUUUUUUAUGAAUUUCAGGCCAAAUUUUAAUGAGAAAACUUUGCACCACAGAGCAAAGAGGUUGAUCUCAUUUUUCUAUCUAAAACAAUUAAGGUGGGAGGCUGGUCUUUAACUUUUCGUUUUUUAUUUUUCAUUUAUCGGGCUGAACUUUAGUAUACUUAUGUAUUUCUGAGUG